AUGGUAAUUUCAAUUUUUGAGCUCAAUAAAUUAGAUAAUUUUUCAGUUGUCGCUCCCAUUUCUCUUCUCAUUCCUUUUCUUCGUCGACGGAUUCUUCAGUGCUUCGCAUCCGGAUACCUUGACUGCUUUUGGUAUUCCUUAUGAAGAUUUUCACUGUGGGACUAAAGGCGUUGUCAAAGACAUGGCCAUAGCAAGAAUAAACGAGUCGUGUGUCGUAGCUGCCAGUGAGUUUAGACGAAAUGGAAGAAGGAAGCAAAACAUUCAAUAUCAGCUGACUUCAACCAUUGCUGCGCCGUUCAUGACGACUGUUACGGCACUCAGAGAGGACAGGAAUUCUGUGACGAUCAGCUCUGUGCGUGUCUCGACGUAAGCAGCCCGUUCAAUGUUUCCGCAAUUCAUUAAUUUCAAAACAGAAUCACGUGGAGACCGUUUCGGCCAAAUGUAAGGAACUGUCGGGACUUGCGUGCAACCUGGUCAAAAUAUUCGGUCACGAUGCCUAUAUUAGUUCCUUUCAUCCGACACUCCCACUGCCUCCACAGCCGAUUGCUCAACGAAGGAUUCCUGCUCUUCAGAAGAUUAUGACAGCAUACCAGGAUCUAUAUGUUCAUUGCCCGUAUCAGAACAGUACGGUUCUCUGUUCAUCCUGAAUCCCAUCUCGACUUUUUCAGUUACCUUUUCUUCUUGUGCUCUCAACCACGACAUCUGCGCCGACAAGAAACGUGACAAUUGUGUGCUCGCCCUAAUCAAUUGCCUCGAGGGCACUGCGGUCGGAAGACCCAAGAGUCUCGAGUGUGAUGAAGCCAUCGAAAAGACGCUGUUCAACUUGAUCGACGCGGACAAGCCGGAGAUCGUCCUCAUCGAGCACUGGUUCAUUCACAAAGUGGUGAGAGAGACUCCCUUCCGAUCCCAAACAUUUUCCGAUCUCUUCCAGUUCCGUAAAUUCUCUCGCCCCUUCAACGCCGCUUUCCUCUACACGGCCAUCUUCGGCGGCGUCCUUCUCUUUGCUCUUCUCGUCAUUGUCGGAUGCACUCGCUUCGACAACAGAGUCGUUCUUGACGAUCUUCCGGUGAGUAGUAAGAGUUCGUCUGCCUCCGCCGUUUCCAGUCGGACCGCCCUUUCGGAAUCCUCUCGCCGUUGAUUUUUCUUUGUAUUUUCACGUUCAUUAUGUUAAACGACGUGGCUUCGUGUAUUUGAAUAAAUUCUUUCUUAUUAGUACAAAGUUUGGCUACAGUUAUUAUUAGUCGGGAAUGGUGAGUUUCCAUCUGGAACCCUUCAGAACAUCACAAUCAAUUCAGUUGUCGAUUCCAUUGCUCUUGACGACAUCUCUAAUGCUCUCCGCAGCCAAUCCAAUUCGAGAUCCAACUGUGAAAGAUAAUAGUUCUAAGCAUCAAGCUCUUCCAGCUGAUUCGUGGCAGUGUGCGCCCAUCACCCGGAAUGCGACCUUCGAUAGUGAGAUACUAGAGUUGUGCCCCUCGUCCGCAUGUUCGUUGAUACUUCUGUGCAUCCGCUGAUCCCCCGAUCUUUCAGUGGAAGUCAAUCAUUGUUGUGCCAUCCACUCGGAUUGUUCCAUGCAUCCGAGACUCGACUUCGACUGCGCAAGCCAAUAUUGCAAUUGCCUGGAUCGAAUAGUUCACGAAGGACAGAACGCGGAAAAGUGCGAGAAUCAGACUGCGAGCACGUGCGCUCAGCUCCUAUUUACCGACAUUCUCUCCUACCCAUACGGUUUUCUCAAAAGGGCUCCAGAGCCCAUUCCCGUUGAGAAACGAAAAGUUCCGUUCAUUCCGAAGAUUGCUUCGGACUACCGGAAUUUGUACGAGAAGUGUCCGUUUCAGAAUGGUAUUUUCAAAAAAAAAUCGUCGUUUUUUGAAAAUUUUCAUCUGUUUUAAGUCACUCUAUACUCGUGUGCUCUCAAGUUCGAUUUCUGUUCCGGCAACUCAGACGGAUGUGCUCUGGGACUGAUGCGAUGUUUGGAAGGAACGAAGGAGGGACGGGCGAAGAAUAAAACAUGCGACAAGGCGAUCGAGGCGGUUCUGAACGGAAUGAUCAACACGUUCGCGGACGAGACACCGAGUCCCGUCCCGGAUGAUUUCUACGGAAUCAUUCAGAAAGUGGUGAGGCCAAAAAGCGCUUGUCUCGUUCCAUUCUCCCUUGUUUCAGUACCGCAGACCUACAUCCGUCGACAGUGGCUUCUACAUUUUCCUCAUAGUUUUCGCUUUCUUCUUCCUCGUCUGCCUCGUCGCCCUCUUCGCUUUCACGAGAAUGAACGACCGCGUCGUGUUCGAUGAGAUUGCUCCGCCCACGCACACGGAAGAUCCGGAGAGCACCCGAGAGGUGUCUACGAAGUCAUCGGAAAGGAACUAG